AUGAGAACAUACUCCGCCUGUCCUGGUUACAAGCUCUACCAGUGUUUGUCGUCCACAUUGCAGUAUUUUGGCCAGCAGUACACGCUUACGGAACUAGCCGAGAUGGCCGACAGGGUAUACGCUGAUCAGAUGUCGGUCCAAUCCUAUACACAACCAGCCCCACCGCCGCACUCCACUGACACCGCCGAGCUAGUUGCCUGCGUUAAGGCGUUAGUUGCACAGGUGCAGGCGUUCACUUUGUCUCGCGACCGUCCACGACAACGCCAUCGCACGCGCUCCAAACAUAGGAGCCGCAUCCCCGGCGCCCACGAUUUCGAUCACCGUCGAACGGGAUUUGCUGGUAUCACCGCCGAUACGGUGAUGGCGCAAAGAAGUGUCUCACACCGUGCACAUAUACCCCCAGGUCGGGAAACCAGUAAGCCGAUCGGCCCAGGCAACGACUGUAUCCGGCUCGCCACAACCAAGUCGCCUGUUUUUCGUCACCGACCGAAUUACCGGGAUACGUUUCCUGGUUGA